CUCUGGCAAUACUUUUGCUGUCAAUCUGACAAUCAAAUAAUUACAUGCAUUCACAUAUACGAAUAAAAAGUGCGUGGUUUAUUAUGAAAUGUUUUCAAUUCUUCGGUUAAUAAGUGAAAAUUAAUCAUGCUUCCGUACCUUAGAAUUGCUCUCCAAUCAGCAUCACAACUGCUAUAUCAGGGUAGAUAUUCAACUUCUAAAAUUUGCCAUCGACAAGCGUCCAAUACUCCCAAACCAUCUAACGAGAGCUCCAAUGAACCAAUCAAGUUCUUUGGAAGCCAAGCGGCAACUUGGCGAGCACGCGAUACCAGAAGUGGCGGUUCUGAAGACACGUUAUGGUUUCAACCGUAUGUCAUUUCGGGAAGUUUAGCCGUAUUCUUAUUAUAUUUCUGCAUACUACGAGAAGAAAGUGAUAUAGACAAAAGGCUAGAAGGGAACUUGUUUGAUCAAGUUGCGGGUCUGGAAGAAGUACAGCUUACUGUAAAUUACAAAUAUAAUAGAGAAAAUGGUUUGGACACUUCUCAAAUUGAGAAAAGAUUGCUAGAGCUAGGAGUCGACGUAAAACAUUUAGAUGUACACUAAGGCUUGAUUAUAAUCAAAUAAGUAGAUGUUACUGGCGUGCAUUAAGUUAAAUUUAUUAUUUUUUAAAACAUAUCUAUAUUAUGUAUUUUUUAAAUAUCAAUUCAAGAUCAUAUGAACAACGGUUUACGUAAUACCAAAAUAAAUGUAAAUUUCUAUA